AUACCGGUCAAAGCACACAUGUCUCAGACAAGCUCCCACGUCCCAGGCAUCGUUAGGAAUUUCUGACUGUCUCAAAAUGUGGAUUUGCCCUUUAGUGAACCAUUGACAAAGAUAGCAGUCUUUCAAGAGGUUGCGAUGAAAGACUUGGGUACUCAUCCGCCAACGAUCCCGCGGGCCAUUCCCAAAUGCAACCUACACCCACGUGACGCCUACAAUGCCCACGACCUCUCUGCCAGAACUUGUCCCGUUAAGAAACAAUGUCCAACCAAAGAUCCCUCUCCCUGUCCGACCGUAUUAACCUUCACACCAGAAAAGUUCACAGCCAAAAUCACUGGAUCAGCAACAUCAAGCUCCUAAUUUGUCUCCUCGAUCACCAACUUUACGCACGCCUCGUACGCCAGUUCUAUGAGCUCUACAAAACUGUCGAGGAUGAAGUGACUCGGCAUAUCGAGGCUGGAGAUGAGGCUGGGCUGCUGUUGAAGCAGGUCGCUAUGAGGGAGAUUUUUAGAGAGGAAGCGUUUCGAGAGGAUGCCAGGUACUGGUGCGGACCUGACUGGAGAGAUUGGAAAGAAUCAGGUCCGAUGAAGAAGUACAAGGCACACGUCAAGGAGCUGUCUGAAAAAGAACCAGUUGUGUUAUUGGCGUAUCUCUAUACGAUGUACUUGGGCCUUUUUGCCGGUGGCCAACUUGUUCGCCGCAAACUUGCCAAAAAAUUAGGCUUCGCUCCUUCUUCGUGCAGCGGAGGAUCGGAGGGCCUCUCUAUCUUUACCUUUUCCAACCCGAUUUUUGAGCUCAAACGCGCAUAUCAUCAGAGGUUUGAUGCUUUGGAAUUGAGUGAAGAUGUUACACAGCGGAUCUUGGACGAGGCGCAACUUGUAUUCGCAAAGAACUUGGUGAUUAUUGCGGACUUGGAGGGUCUUCCUGGGGCAUUGUGGAGACUUUUUAUUGUUCGACUUUGGUGGAUCUGGAUGGCUCUAAUAGCGGUGUGGUUCAUGUGGAAAACCCUAUCCUGAAUCCUAAAAGUAUGCUGAGAAAGGAGAUCUCGCUGGACUGCUUGACCACGGCUUGUGCAUACGUGCACAGCGAAUGGCGAGGGCCAUCUCUUCGAAUCGCGGCGGUCACAAUUCUCUCACUUCAUCAGAAUUUGGCUUGCCAAACUUUAGAUAGCUUAUGAAGUACCAAUUUUCGUACAGGUUACCGGUGAAGACGUCUUUGGUGAGCUGUACUGGGAAGGCCUGUUGACCCGGGUUAAUAUCUGCCUGUCUCGAUGGCAGACAUUUGAGUUGCAGCAGAGGAUCAUAGUACACCUAUAGACUGAUGCAUAGUAUUGCUCUCGUCGCCGGUGGCCGCAAACUGGCAGUAUCAUGCUCUUACAAAUAUCAAUGAACCAUUUGUUACAGUGUA